GAAGAUCCCUAGGAAAGAUCCAAGUCAGGACACCUCAGGAGGGGAACAAAGAAUGAAGCUUCCUGGUUUUUAUGACGAUCAAACAGCGGUUGAACCUCCAAAUCAAGUAAUAAUGGGCAGGAGAAUCAAGAUUCCUGUGAACUGUUCCAAGUGAUCAAUGCUAAAGAUGGAAUGGAGAAGUUUGGAAUUCAAAUGGAAUUCAAAAGCCAUGAGAGAAACCAGUCAAAGAAUUGGAAUCAGGAAAGCUCAUCUUCCACUGAUGCUCCAAUGCAAGGCUUUCUUGCCCAAGAAGAGAAAAUAAGGAAAAAAUAUACUGGAAAAAGUGUGAAGCUAAUCAAAGCUGAAGUACAAGUAAAUGAACACUAUUUAACCCAAAACAAAGGAGAAGAUACUAUAAAAAGACACAAUGGACAAAAUUACAAUGGGACAUUUAUUCUUUCUCUUGGAAAUAACUUUCUUACAUCUCAAAAAGUGAUUGACACAAAAGAGAAGCCUUAUAAAUGUUUGGAAUAUGGAAAAUGUUUUAGAACAAGCAGGCAACUUACUAUCCAUGAAGGGAUCCACACGUGGGAGAAGCCAUAUAAAUGCAUGGAGUAUGGAAAGACUUUUGCUUAUAGUAGUGACCUUAGUAGGCACAAAAAGAUCCACUCAGGAGAGAAACCAUAUCAAUGCAUGGAAUGUGGAAAGACCUUUGCUCUUAUAUGCCUACUUAGUAGGCAUAUAAGGAUCCACACGGGGGAGAAGCCUUUUAAG